GAAAUGUCUUGGAGAGAUAUAUUCUACCCUGGAAACCCUGAAAGAAGGGAGAUGCUUAUCCGUAAAAAUCAAGAGCUUCAAGAUUUGAUGAAAAACAACUUCCGAGCCACCAACAAACUCAUUGAAACUCUUAAAAAACACUUACAAUUGUCCUUCAGUCCGAUUGCCCUGAAUGAGAAAGCUACAGUUCAGGAGAACUGUGAUAUAAUCAUUGGAUGCAUUCAUGAGAUCCAGGCAGAAGUGGAGAAGAUUGGUAAAAAGCUGAAGGAGAAGCUGGACCCCACACUAUAUGAGAAACUGAAAGACAUGAAUCUGUCUGUCCAUGACCUUACACAAGUUGCAAGACAUGUUUCUAUAGCUUUAGGCACUGUAGGCAUGGCUUCUUCUCUUGUAGUUAGUUGGCUCAUUACAAGUGGAAGGAUUUUGACAAACCUAAAAUUAACUUUUGUCAGAAUCGCAACAGGAUUGGCAGCUGGUGUUGCACUUGGGGUGGUAUUUAUGGGGGUUGAUAUGAUUGUUCAGGCCAUUCUAGGGAGUAUUGAGCGUGAUCAACUUGAGAAAUCCCUGAAAGAGUAUGACGAGGCUUUGGAACAAUUUGGACUGGCAUCUGAAAAAUAUCAGGAUAGCAUAACCUAUGUCAGGGUGAGAAUUGAGAUGAUUGAAGAAUGA